UUUUUGCAGUAACUACCCGUACGUUUUGUAAAAUGAAGAAUAUAUAAAUGAUUAUGUGAACAUAAAAUAUUUGAUACAAAGAUUUGUCAAAACAGUAUUUCUUAAUAAUACAUUUUUUACGUCAAUCGUUUUAGUACAAUAGUUAAUUACCACUUCAAAUAUUUUUGGAUAUAAAACUGAAUACAGCGAAGCUAUUCAUUGGAAAAGAAGAACAAAAAAAGGAAAUCGUAAAAAUAAAAAAAUAAAAAUCUCUAAGUGAAUUAUUCAAAUGGCUGUUCCUCCACCCCCACCUCCAGGUCCUCCACCUCCGCCAGUUAUAGGCAAUUUUAAUUUAGGCGGAGGAUCAAAUGCAGGACAGGCCAGAAACAUGUUAUUAGCAGACAUAACGAAAGGGAAAAAGUUAAAAAAGACUAUAACAGUAGAUAAAAGUGCACCAAUAAUUUCUGGUAAGGUAACUUCUAAUAAUACCUCAACUUCGCAUGCAAAUUUAGGUAGUCAAACGUUAAAUAGUAGUAGUAAUAGUAUAAGCAUGAAUGGCCCAAAGUUAGGUGGUAUUUUUGGUGAUAUGGCAACUAUGCCACGAUUGAAACCAGUUGGAAGCAGAUCUGCAGGAGUAAAACAAAACCCGCAUGUUGAUAAUCCAACACAACAAUCAAACACAUUAUCAAGGCAACCAUUAGCAACCAAUGGGUCGACAGGGAUGGACUUUGGAUCUGAGUUAGCCAACAAAUUAAAAUCCAGAAAUAAACCUGUAACUGAAAAAAAUUUGCAAUUAAACCGAGGUCCUCCUCCACAACCACCAAAAGAAACUGAUCAAAACAUCGAAAACAAAAACAAUUUGCCUGUUAUUGGCCCAAAAAAAAGCGCUUCCGCAUCUUCAUCUCCAGUCUCUAUGAAUGAGAAAGCUUCACCACAGCUUGUGAUACCCAGUAGUACAGGAAUGGCUAUUUUACCAAACAAAUCUACGCUUUUUUCUUCAACGCCUACAACAGAGUCAUCUCAAGCACCGUCUUUUAACAUAAACAGCAAUAUCAUGAGCAAUACCUCUGUCCCAUCGCAAAACAAUGUAAAACCAAUAGUAAAUCAUGGAAAACCAAAUUUAGCUCCAAAGCCACCGAAUAUGGUUCCUCCUACGGGAAACGGAUCCCGUGGAUCUGUAGCUAGGCACCAAAGUAUGAGGUCCCCAAGGUCUCCACCUAUUAUCGGUGUAGACGGUCCAGUAUUUACAACUAGUGCUAGUAAAUUUGGAACUGUUCGUAUCAAGGGCAUGUCACAAGAACAAAUUAAUCAACCAUUUAAUAUGUAUCCAAGUCGACCUAUAGAGCCACCACCUAAACCACCUAGUAUGAAGACACCGCCUUCUAUGCCAAUCAAAAGUGUAUCAAAUAGUAAUUUGUCAAAUUUGCCACUUUCAUUAAGUUUGGGCACCGAUUCAUCUAACUUGAAAAAACGAAACAAUGCGGCCAUAACAAAUGCACAAAGUGAAACACAUUUAGCAACAUUGAAUCAAAACAAUAGCUGUUCUCCAAACCAUCAAGCGCGUGUUGACGAGCCGCCUCCCUUGCCUCCACAUAGAAAUCCGCCGGCAAUUCCCAAGCAGUUACAUAGUUUGAAGACAGUUGCACCACCUCCAACACAACCUCCACCUCCUCCUACAAGAACUACUUCGACUAUGAAUCGACAACCUCAGAUAAAUCAAACAUCUUCAAUUAAUCGUAUUAUCAGUGACUUGGAAACAAAGUUUGCUGGACGGUUUCAUACUGUGAAUGAGUUUCCUGCGCCACCUCCGUUUCAAAACAAUCACAAAACUUAUCCAAGUCAUAAUAAACAGGCAAUAAAAGGUGAGUAAAGAGCUUUUAUUUGAGGUUUAUUUGACUUGCAAGAUUUUUUUUUGUCUUGGCUUUCAUUCUUAUUCUAUAAGUCAUUUAAUUACUUGUAGUUUAUUAUAUUUAUUUUCUGAAAAAUCAGUAUGAAUUAGCUCUAUAAAUUAGGUGUAAGUAAAUAAUGAAUGUUAGUUUUAUUUCAUGAUUAAAUAGCAUGUCAAUUUUGGUCUUUUUAGUUUCUUUAAUAAUUACCAUUGUUUAACAUUUAAAUUUAUACUUUCUAUUAUUGGUUUUACUCUUUUCGUGAACCAAACAAUUGAAAUAAAAUAUUUAUUACGUAAAAUUUAGCAGAAAAUCGCAAAAAGCGUGCGCCAAGUCCACCCACAUGUAGAGCACACAGCGGAUUUUUGCAACUUAGUAGUAAAAUGUUUACAAGUGAUUCGUCAAACUGUUA